AUGAUCACUGGAAAUUGCUCCUCAACAUCUGAAUUCCUUCUCUUGGGAAUUACCAAUAACCCUGCAAUGAAAGUGGUUCUAUUUGCUACAUUCCUUGUUUUGUAUCUCAUCAGUUUCAUGGCAAACCUUGGCAUGAUCACCUUAAUCAGGAUGGACUCCCAGCUUCACACACCUAUGUACAUUUUCCUCAGCCACCUCUCUUUCUCUGAUCUCUGCUAUUCUACAGCUGUAGGGCCCAAGAUGCUGGUGGACCUGCUCACCAAGAGUGGUAAAUCAGUUCCCUUUGCAGGCUGUGUCCUGCAGUUCCUCAUCUUCUGCAUCUUUACUGAUGCAGAGUGCAUGCUGCUGGCAGUGACGGCCUUUGACCGGUACAAGGCCAUCAGUAACCCCCUGCUCUAUGCCGUGGACAUGUCCAGCAAGGUGAGCUCCCAGCUCCUGACUGCAGUUUACCUGGUGGGAAUAACAGAUGCUUUGGUGCAUACUACAUUGACAUUCCGCUUAUGUUUCUGUGGGUCCAAUGAGAUUAAUCAUUUCUUCUGUGAUGUGCCUCCUCUCCUGCUGAUCUCUUGCUCUGACACACGCAUCAAUGAAUUAGCAAUCUUCACAAUUUUCGGUUUCAUUGAACUGAGCACCAUCUCAGGAGUCCUUAUCUCUUACUGUUACAUCAUCUUAUCAGUGAUCAAGAUCCGCUCUGCUGAGGGAAGGUUCAAAGCUUUCUCCACCUGUGCCUCACACUUAACCGCAGUGGCCAUUUUCCAGGGGACUAUGCUGUUCAUGUAUUUCCGGCCGAGUUCUUCCUAUUCCCUGGACCAAGACAAAAUGACGUCUUUGUUUUACACCCUUGUGAUUCCCAUGCUGAACCCUCUCAUAUAUAGCCUAAGGAACAAAGAUGUGAAACAGGCUCUUGACAAACUAAAGAAUAAAAUGUGCCUCUAA